AAAGAAGACUGGGAGAAUUGCAGUCACUCUCUCCGACAGCCACAUCUAUCGCUCUCCUCUCCCCUUCUCUCCACCUCCAGCCCUCCUCUCUACUCAUCCGCUGCAGCCCCUAAUUCAUCUGGAACACCGAGAAGAAUCAGUGAGUAGCUUCUGCACCACAUCUACACCUACAUCAGUGAUAUAGCAACAGAGAGAGGAUAGUAUCUAAAGAACACACAGCUUUUAAUAGAAGGACCCUGAAUAUGAAUUCAUAAUGUUUGGCAGUUAUUUCUGUAACAGUGGAUUUGUAAACAUCAUGAUAAAUAUUGAGACAGAGUACCUGCCAUGCAACAAGUCAAUGUGGUUAUUACUGACAUUUUAUGGAUGCUUUGUAUUUUACAUGAAAAGAAUUCAAUUUCAAACAUUUGCAGACAAAUAUGAACCACAUUCUACUUCAUCUUUGUGAAAAUAUGUCUACUGUGAUAGUACCUUCUGUCAUUCAGUAAAGCUUUAAUAACAAUGAAUAUAUUCCGGUCAAAACCUUGAUAAACUUGCAUGAGACAGAACAAGGAUUAUUUCUUGUUUAAACAACGCAGUACAACUGCACACCCCUCUGAAUGCUCUUCAUGCAAAUGCAACUUAUAAACUGUAGUGAUAAUUUGCACAGAUAGUUUUGAGAAUUUGGUCUCUUAUAUAUAAAAAAUGUUAAAAGAGGUGUCCCAUGUUGCUUAAAAUACAGCCCAGUGAGGGUGAUAUUGAAAGAUAUCCAAAGCUACAAAAGUCAGCUGGCCUGGGUGUAUGCUAUGAGAUAAUAUUUCUCAGCCUGGAAUUUGGAGCUUCCCGGGCUGUAACUAAGGCAACAUCACGGACCAAACUUCAAGUAUUUGCUCCUUAAUUAAUACAAGAUCUCGUCCUGCCACUCCUAUACCCCUUUACAAGCUUUACAAGUCGAAACAGUGGAAAAAACUAACUGUUAAGUGAAAACUGUUCCCCUUCUGACUCACAUGCCCCACUUAUUAGACUCCACACUGGUGGUUCAACCAGACGUUUUAUUUGCACUAAUUCCCUUACAGUUUUUUCAUGAGCAGGAUCUGACUGGAAAAUGGCUACUGCAAGCACAGAUGUAAAUAUCAAUGCUAGAUAGUGUGUACAAAAAGCAGUAUAAAACCUCUUCUACGGUUAAAGACAAAGUUGGUAAAAGUUCCCAAAGAUAAUCUUCUUGGAGUAAAGCCAAAGCACACUCCAGAGCAAAAAAAAGAGUGCAGUAUUUCAUGAUCACACCUAUACUAAAUUACAGCUGGAUAACAGCUUGAUAAAAUCUCAAGGAAUGUACUUUCUCCCCCCUCUCAUAGAUCUCCCUAAGGUCCUUCCACCUCCAAAUCAACCCUUGUCAGCAUGGACACCGCAAGAAACCUCCUCUUCGUCUCUGAGGCACUCUUCCACCUGCUCCUCAUGAUGCUGACAGUGGGCGUGGGCGUUCAUUCAAUGCCUGUUCCCACUGAUGUCCCCAUGUGUAUGGCCACAGAAACUGCUCAGUACAGGCUAACCUUCACUGGCAAAUGGACCCAGGCUGCUUUCCCUAAACAGUAUCCAGUCUAUCGUCCUCCUGCACAGUGGUCUAACCUCAUUGGUAAGUGCAAACUGGGGUCAUAUUCUUCUCUUACACAGUGCUGCAUAGCAGAUACAAUCAUCAUGGUAAUGUACAUAUAUGAUGACUGCAUUUGAGGUAUCUGUUGCAUCAAAUAACAUCCUCUCUCUCUCUCGCUGCUGUUAGGAGUGACUCACAGCUCUGAUUACCACAUCUGGCAGCGUAAUGAGUUUGCCAGCAACGGUGUGAGGGAGUUUGCAGAGAAAGGCGAGGCCUGGACCAUCAUGAAAGAAGUCGAGGAGGCCGGCGAACGCAUCCAGAGCGUUUAUGGGAUCCUCUCCGCUCCUGCUGUUGUGGGAGGCUCAGGCCAGAUGAGCACUGAGUUUGAGGUCUUCGCCAGACACUCCUAUGUAAGUCACUCAACACCUGCUUUUCUUACAGUUUGGGUCAGGACUAGUGAGUAAACCAGAGGCUCUUUCUCUGGGUCAAUUAGGUGAAUCUGAUUCUACCUUAGUCAGGGUCAAGGGGCUAAAUAGAGACACAUUUAUCUUGCACUAGAAACAGACCUACAAUAGAGUGCAAUGAUCAGGCAGAUUUUUAGUUCUAAAAUCUGCAGAUAUUAAAUAUUAAAGUGAAUAUUAAGCUAAUUAAACUGUAAAUUAAUUGCACCUAGCAGAGUUAGGUUCCACAAAUGUUGUGCACUUCCAAACACAUUGAUUGUGAGAACAUCUUAACUAUAAAACAAUGCAUGGAUUGUAAAAACAUCAAAAUAAACACAGUUUUAGAUUCAUGUCUAGCUAAGUCUCAAUUUGUCAUGCUGCUGCAGCUUUGGAUCAUAAAGAUCAAAUUCGACUUGGCGGAUGCUGCAAAACAGUUUGCAAAGAUAAAACCCACUACAGACGGUUUUUCCAUAUGCAAGGCAUUAUUUAUGUACCAGCAGCUUAUGUAAAACUCAGCAGGAGCUGGCUGUUAUGCUUCCGACUGAUGAACGUCUAGAUGGGUCAUAAAGUCUGGGGUACAUCUGACAGAACAUGAUGUUAAGCUUGGACAAGAGAUGAGUCAGAGUCAAGGGAAAAGAGAAAAACAACCCCAGUGCAGUCUGGAGGGGACUGACAGUUACAGAUAGAAAUGCUAACAACUCAAAGCAAACCAUAUUUUGAUGAAAUAACUUUUUUUUCUCCCUAUUUUCUUUCCUCUCUAUGUCUUUUUCUUAAUCUCAACUUCUUCUCUGCUCCGUCUUUCUAUUCCUCCCCCCUCCCCUCCCCUCUCUGUGCUACCUCUCCCUCUACAUGGUCCACUUCCUCCCCUCUAUCUGCAGUUGUCGUUUAUCGUGCGUAUCGUUCCAAGCCCUGACUGGUUUGUGGGUGUGGACUCCAUUGACCUGUGUGACGGCGACCACUGGAAAGAAAAUGUGUCUCUGGAGCUUUUCCCUUACGAUGCAGGAACUGACAGUGGGUUUACUUUCUCCUCUCCAAACUUUGAGACCAUCCCACAGGACAAAAUCACACAGGUAAGUUGGCCAGCAUCCAUCAGUUCAAAUCCAAAAAGCAGAGUGUAACACGGCUAGCCUCAGCCUACCAUGGCAAUGAAGCAGACAAUGUUUUGCACCAUUUAAAGAAGGGGAAUAAAUCACUCAUUUGAAAAGCAGAAGAUUUUAAAGACUUAUGUGCUCCAACUGUGUGGCUGCCUUACAUUCAAUUCAUUCUGAUCUCUUCAUCCAUAAUCUCUGCAAUUAUUCAACAUUUGUCGUUCUAUUUUCCAUCUACAGAUCACGUCUUCAUCUCCUCACCACCCUGCAAACUCCUUCUACUAUCCCCGUCUCAAGCACCUGCCUCCCAUUGCGAAGUUAACGCUGACCAAGAUAAAGAAGACCAAUCAGAUCAUCAGCCUGCCUGAAGAGCCCACCCAGUCCAUCCCUCUACUCACAGGAAACGAGAUUGAUGACUCCCCCAUCAGUAAGUUUGACUAAAAUACUAGUAUAAAGUUUCAAACUGGUUAAAAGGACAGAAUCAGUUAUAGAUGGCUGAUCCCGACUGCAAAAUAUGUGCUUGAAUUGUGAUUGAAUUAUGAAGCGUACAUCAAAACCAACAGAUACAGUUCUUGAGAGUUAUGAAGAAACAAUUUCAUGAUCCUUUGCUUAACAAACACUCAGCAUCAUCUACCUGCAAUAAAUGGACUGCAGCCAGCCAGUAGGGGGCACUCCAAUCUUUUGGCUUCACAGUCAGUGAACCCCUCUGGUGUCCAUUUCAAUAUGGAUAAAUGAGGAAAUGUUGCUUUUGUAAUACUGCAUAUUUGCAUCCAUUAGCUAACUCCUUAGAUAUUUCUCCACUCAGCUGCCACUGAUCAGAGUAAACACACAAAAAACAAACAGAAAAAGUUAAUGUUCUAAGUUACAUAAAUGCAGGAUUUCAAACAAUCCCUAGGGUUAAGGUCUUAGUCUUUAGCUGACUCAGAAGAAGACAUUUGGGAACCAUUAAGGGCCACACACUAACUCAAUUACUUCCAACCAGACACCAGAAAGACCAAGCGAGGGUAGGGCACCAGAAAAUGCCAGAGACACAUCUGGUAUUCAGUGAAACACAAAAUGACAAACUGGGAAAGUGAAAGAUCAUUUUAAGAAACCAAUGAGGAAACAUUGUACAGCAAUGUCUGGGUCAUGACCCAAAAUGAGAUGCAGACACCAAUGUUUUAACAAGAUCUAGAGCCAUAAGAUGAAGCUGGUUUAACUUAAUGUUGGUCUCAAGACUGUUAACAUUUAUGACUGCCUGUUUUACAGAUUAGUGGUAACUCUUUUGCAAAACCAUUUAGGGUAAUAGCCUAAAAAAAACAAAGAGUUUGUCAAAUUGCAGGUGAGCCAAAAGUACAGAAUUCAAAAACUGUCUGACUGAAAUGACUGAUUAUCUUCAAUGUGACAAGGAGGGGAAAAUGGCCUUUUAUAAAAACACAAUUCACCACAAAAUGUCUGAACAGAUGACUUGACCAGGAAAGGUUUUCUUUGGAGGGGAACAGAUAGCGUGUCAACCUAGGAGUGGAGCCGACGGUGCUGUAAUCAGAUUCAGUGUGCAGGGCGAGGGUAAAGGUUUGAGUCAGCAUCACAGGCUACAAGUCCAUUCCCAUGACAACACAGCCAACAAACAGUUGAGAGGGGCCAAAAAUCUGCUGGGGUUUCCUGCCUUGAUCCCAAUGCUCUGGCCAACCCCUCCAUCUGUUUAUGCUCCCCUCUCCUCCGUGAUCCCUCCACCUCUUUGAUGCUUUUUCCUCCAGGCUUGAGUGACAACUUUUAUUUCAGCUUAGUGACCACCUGCUCUUGAUUGUGACAUUGAAAUGCAGCUCUGACAUAACAUACAUCUCCACUGCCUUAUAUGCUGCUCAUGCUUCCUUCAUCCUUAUUGGAUAUACAGUACAAGCUGAAUGGAGAUCUGACUUUCUUAUUCCAUUACCUUAUUCAGCUAAGCAUCCACACAGCUUCCUCACCACCUCCCAUCCUUCUGCUUUUCUACUCUUCAACCAAAAACCAAGUCUGUAAUACUUAUCAACUGUACGCAGGCGUACAACAAGGCUGGCUGAGGCAGCCUAGAAAGUUCUGAAAGCUGAGAAAUUAAUGAAAAGACAGCUUAUUUUCACUGUAGUGCAGCUAGAGUUUCCUUAAAGUCAAGGUAAAAAUCCCUACGUACUGCACUGGACCUCAUGAAUGGUAGCAUAAUAAUAAAAUGUCUACAGUGAAAGCUCAUACAGCCUCAUUUAAACAGUGAUAAAAGAAUACAACUACAGCAGCAAAAUCAGAGCCAAGAAUCUACAGCAAGAAACUAUGGGCUCACACGAAGUAAGCCAGCAUUCUUGUAAAUUCCUUUAAAGAGCUUUAAAAUGUUUAAGAGCAGUGGUUCCCCGGUAUAACUAAUCCCAUUUCUUUCCAUUCAGAUGUAUAACAGGGAACUAAAACAUUUGCCAAACAAUAAAGACUGUAUACUCAAAAAAUUGGCAAGGCACUCUCAUGUAAGGGCUGGGAACAACUGCCUUUGUAGAAGAACUAAAGAAGAGAAAACCUUGAUGUGAUUUGACACCCCUCUCUCUCCCUCUCUCUCUUUCUCUUUCUCUCCAGAUACCCCUCUGGACUGUGAGGUGUCAGUCUGGUCUCCUUGGGGCUUGUGCAAAGGCAAGUGUGGAGACUCAGGCGUGCAGCAUCGCACACGCUACAUCCUAAUGCACCCAGCCAACAAUGGAGCAGCCUGCCCCCUGCUGGAAGAGGAGAGGAAGUGCUUCCCAGAUAACUGCUUAUGACUAAGCCAGGACAGGAGGGAGAAAAAAGAGAAAAAGGAGAGGAGAGAGAAGAAAGACAGGAAAGCCAGGAAAGGGAGGAAAGAAAGGAGACGGAGGAAUAACAAGAAAAGGUCUGUGUUGAGAUCACACGAGGAGUAAACGAACUAAACUCCCUUAUUUUCCUCCCUGGCUUUGCUCUUUCUGCAGAAGAGACUGAUUGAUGAUCUAAGGGUGAAAUUUAUGAGGCUCAUUCUGCAAAAACAGACCCACCUUUAGACCAUAUUUACAAAUCUGACAGCACUAGAAAGAUGUAGUUUGGCAGAACAGCUAUUAGACACUAACUCAGUUUUGUCAGAUUAUAUAAUUUGUCUAGGGUCGGGAUUGUGCAGUUUUUUCAUGUCAUAGGGAAAAAAACAGAGUAUUGUGACUCCCAGCGGCUUUCAACUAAUGGAUGAGGAAAUAAAUACACAUAAAUAAUAAUGAAGUCUGAAAAUCCCUGCAUCUACUAAACACAGAAACAAAAACCCUCAUAUCUGCAAAACAAAGUGCCUCAGUCGUUCCAUUAGCAGGAGUAGUUCUGGUAGAAAAGAGUGUCAGGAUUAGAGAGUGAGGUAUAGUCCUACAUAUGAUGUCUCAUUCGAAACAUAUUGUACUGAGACAUGGUUGCUUUCCUGAAGACAUGUAUAUUUAUUGACAGGAUUUUAACCUGUAGUGUACAGUAUAUAUAUCAAGUCUGAAGUAAUGAUUUGUAUUCAUUUGUGUAACUGAGAUAUUAUUCCAAUAUGGAAAAUGAGAGUUUUGUAAAAAAAUAAAAAAAAUGUGAAAAAAUGUAUUUUGUUUUAAAGUUGAAUAAAGUGUAAAUACACAGUA